UUUCAGAUAUUUCAUUGUUACAUGCAUUUACCAGUGCUAAUUACUUUACUGACAUUAUUAACAUAUUCCAUUGGUACUCAGUACAAGAUUCGUCUUACAUUCUGUGAUCAAGCGCCCAAUUCAGUUCUUCAAAUUGUCUGCUCACAAUUAAAAAAAUGGGAUACAAUUGUUAGGCAACGUCAUUCCAUUUCUCUCAACGAAUCACGCCCAUUUUGGAGUUCACAAAAAAUUUGGUCAAUCAGUCGAUCUCGAUGGGCAAGUAAUUCUCAAAGUUGGACUAGUUGGUCCUCAUGGACUUUGCCUCAUAGCACGUCAUCACAGGUAGUACAGUAUCCAACAAAUAAUCGCGUUAAAUCGCCGUUCAAUAUUGGCCAUCGUGUUAAAUUACCGUCACUAUCUAGUCUAAUUAGUAACUUUACGGCUGAUACAUACACCUCAAAUGAACCAAAACGAAUGGCACUCGAAAUACAAUAUGAAAUUUCGUCUCUUCCCAAACAAACUAUGCCAAUCCGUAUACGUGAUGGACAAGUGACGAAUGUGAAGACGUAUUCUCCACGUGUGAUUUCAUCGUUAUCAUUGUCGUCGACAUUUGGUCAACGACAACAAAUUUUGAAGAAUGAUUAUUCGAAUCAAAAGUUGCACAUCAAAAAGAUCACAAAUGGUGUGCAAGGACCACCUUCAAUCGAUACCGUUGAGAAAGAUCUGUAUACGAUGGAACAAGAUACGGUUGGGCCACCUGGCCAACAACGACCUAAUAAUUUGAUUCGUAAACAAUUUUCAUUAUCGUCACCGUCUGUAAUUUCAUCCGCACGACCAUCACCGACCAGAAUGUCAGAUAGAUCCAUUGAUUCACCGGUAUUUUCGGUUGAAACACAAGACAGCAGACCCUUUAAGAGAAAUCAAGCAAAUAUGAUGACACCGCCAUCCCACACUUUGACGGUAGAUCAACGAUUGAAAGCUUUGGGAUGCAUGGAUCUCAACUGCUUGUGUCCAUUUUUCAAUGGUUCAUUGAGAAAUUUGAAAUGUUUUCUAUCAAAUGGGAAAGAACUUUCGAUGGCUGUUCGUAAAGAGUAUAGACAACUAAGUACAGAAGAAAGAGAACGAUUUCAUAGUGCUUUGGAUCAACUAAAACAAAGUGGUGAUUAUGAUCAAAUUGCACAAUGGCAUUCGAAUCCAGCAUUAAGUGGUGGUGCACAUUCUGGGCCUGCUUUUUUACCUUGGCAUAGAGAGUACAUCAAAAGACUGGAAAUUGCUCUUCGACUCAUCGAUCCGGACAUAUCGUUGCCGUAUUGGGAUUCAACGCUUGAAAAUGCGAUUCCAGAAAGCACAGAUACAAUAUUGUUUAGCAAAGAACUGAUGGGAGAGAAUGAUAAAUAUGGUAAUAUAAUUAAUGGUUUUAUAUCUCAUUGGACAACUCCUGAGGGAAGGCAUAUAACUAGACAUCUUGGGCAGGAAGGACGUCCUCUGAACGAAGAUGACAUUCAAGCUGUAAUGAGACACUCAGAUGUAAUCGGUGUACUCGCUUAUACAGCUCCUCAACCGGGAUGCAGGUACCCAACAGAUUGGACAUCACUCGAAUAUAGCCAUGCAAAUGCGCUUGUCUGGGUCGGUGGUGAUAUGUUCCAUCAAACAACCUCUGCAAAUGAUCCAUUAUUCUUCCUCCAUCACGUUUUUGUGGAUAGUAUUUGGGAGUACUGGCGACAACAUCGACAAAGUCGAGAUGCACGGUCGAAAAGUUAUCCGCCAGAUUUGUCUGAAUGCAGUGGCGAAAAUCAUUUUGCGCAAAAUCCUAUGCGACCGUUUGAGCCGCUCAGGAAUAUUGACGGAAUCGGCAAUGGUUACAAUGAAAGACUAUAUCGAUAUGCACCACGACCCGCAUGCCCUAGAGGUCAGGAUCAGGAAUGUGGAAGCGAAUUCCUAUUCUGUGAUCUAUCGCAUGGAUACGCUCGUUGUUCCACAAAAAUACGUCUGGGCGGCAAUUGCAACAGUUAUACACAUCAGGAGAACUCGUGCUACAGUGGUUUUUGUCUGUCCGGAAGAUGUACUAAAAACGCAUCGACAGACCACAAUGAUGGAAAACAAAUCAGAAGCAUAGAACUCUCAGUAGCGCUAAUUAGUUCAACGGCAACAACAAAUAUUGCAAAGGAGCAAUGUUAUAAUAGUCAUGAAUGUUGUUCAAUUUGGGCCAGUAGAGGUGAAUGCAAAACAAAUGAGGAAAUGAUGCUGAAUUGGUGUCCUGUAUCCUGUCAUAAAUGUAUUGCUCAAUAUAACACUGCUUCUGAUUGUUCAGACCGACAUUUACAAUGUCCGGUAUGGGCUACUCAAGGCGAAUGUCAGAAAAAUCAAUUAUGGAUGGCUGAAAAUUGCAGGUUGAGCUGUCGACGAUGUAACAAAUUGCGAGUGGACAUUUGUGAAAUAAUGACAGACACAAGCAGUCGUGGAUAA